ACUUUAUAAGCCAUUUUGUGCAUUGUUCAAGCAGCUGUGCAAAAAUAUUACUUAUCAUUUCGUUUCGGGAUGUCAAAACUUGGUUGAUUGCCAUUAUUAAACAUAUGCGUCUCUGACGCGAGUGUGUGAUCAUCAUACGACGACAUAAUUCUGAAUUAUUAUCAUAUACGUAAUCGUGAAAGUCACCUACAGAUUCUGCGAAACAAAGAACUUUUCAAUAUCUUUUAUUAACCUUGGGCUGGUCGUCAUAACAAUUAUGACUGAGUAAAAAUGAGAACAUUAUGUGUGAAAUAGAAGCCAUUGAAUAAAACCACAAUUCAUAUGAACUAAAGUGUUUCGUGUAAUAAAAUUCUACCAACGGUUUUUGUAUACCUUACAAUAAUAUAUUGGAUCAAAUAACAAUGUAAAAAAUAUAGUGAGAUGCAUUUGCCUUCCGUUGGUAUAUUAUAUUGAGAACUGUGUUGAUCCUGUGUUUUACUGUGUCCACAUUGUUUUGACAAUUAAAUCUCAUCACAAUGAGUAACGAAAAUGUACAAAGUGAACCACAACAAAGCAUUGAAGAUACAGAGUCACCAUCAACUUUGCCCACAUUCCCAAAGUUUAGUCAAUCAUGUGUGAAUACAUGGAUGGAAAAAAUGAGUAAAGGAACAUUCACCUAUACUGAUUUUAGGGAACACUGGCGAAUUUGGGUUCCAGAUUUAUAUAGUCCAGACUUAUUUGGCAAUUGCCUAGAUUGGAAUUUUGAAGAAGAAAAAGCACAAAAAAUACUUUAUAAUACAUUAGAGGAGUUUAUUUGUAAUGGAGACCCACAAGUUGUAUUAAAACAGCUAAGUCAAAUGGAUAAUACAGUAUGUAGUAAAGUAUUCAAGAUGGGUGAUCCUACAUAUAGCUGCAGAGAGUGUAGUGCAGAUUUGACAUGUGUCUUGUGCGUGGAUUGUUUUAAGCAAUCAACUCAUCGUAACCAUAAGUAUAAAAUGGGCACUUCUAGUGGUGGAGGAUUUUGUGAUUGCGGAGACACAGAAGCUUGGAAAAGAGAACCAUUCUGUAACAUACAUUUAGCUGGAUCUGAAGCUAAAGAAUCACGCGGAAAUAAAUUGCCUGAAGAUAUAACAAAAAGAGCAGUAGUAACUUUUACGGCAGUACUAAGGUACUGCUAUGAAAUGUUAACUUUAGAACACUCAUCUAGUUUACCUGCUGAAUUAAAAAGAGACACUGAAGGUGAUCCUAUGACACAACAUAUCUAUUGUACAGUCCUUUAUAAUGACGAGGCUCAUACAUUUGAACAAGUAAUUACGACGCUCAUACGUAUUAUGAAAUGCUCGCAAAGAGAUGCAGUUGAAUUUGUAACAAAUGUUGAUACAGAAGGUAGAGCUGUGUUGAAGUGUUCUAUAUUUGAACAUUGUAAAGAUUUGAAGUUUGAUAUUGAACAAUUUAGUCCGAGGUACAGCAGUCGAGCAUUGAAGGUCCACGUAGUGCAUGCUCAUGUAAUUGCUCAUCAGACAUUUGCUAUGAAACUUUUACAUUGGUUACAACAAUUUAUAAGUCUUUGUGAAGGUUUUAGAGUACUCUUCAGUAAUGUUGCGCUCAAUACAAAUUUUCCAGACUUUUCCAUUGUAGAAGGUAUACUUAUGAGAGAUUCACAGUUAUGGAAAUCUGCUAGAAUAGCAUGGCACAGAUUAUUCAUGUCUGGAAUGCUUAAAGAAUAUGAAAGCAAAAAAGCUUUAGCAAUUGUUUUUACUUACAAUUACGGUUCUGUUAUGAAAGAUUUCAUAAGGGAUGAUCAUGAUCAUUCGUUUUCUAUUGUUUCACUUUCGGUGCAAUUAUUUACAGCUCCAACAUUGGCGCAUUAUCUUAUCGCACAUCAUGAUGUGUUGUUUAUCUUACUAAACACAUUUAUUUCUGAAAGUUCACGAAGAUGUAAUGCUGCGGGAAAAUUAGAAUUUGAAAGAGACAACCCUCAUACUCCUUUUAGAAGAGCUCAACAUAUAAUUCAUGACCUACGAUAUUUACUUAGUGCCAAACCAGAUGUUUGGACUGAUGAUCUGAGAAAAGGGUUCUUACAAGGAUUUUCACUUUUACUCACAUUAUUUUGCAGUAUGCAAUGCAUGGAUGCUGUGCUAAGACAAGUUGGUCAGCAUAUGGAAUAUGAACCUGAAUGGGAAACAGCGUUCAAUUUACAGGCUAGAUUAUCUACAGUUACUAACCGUGCAUUAGAAUGGUGUGGUUCAGAUCGAACUGUUUUAAUAAAAGCCUUCAGAUUGGUCUUAAAACGUUUAUAUGAACAGUCAGGACAUGAGAAUGGCCGAUAUCAAGUGAGAGAACUAACAGAUCAUGGUGCAACAUGUAUUCAAUAUGAUGUUUCAGUCGAACCAGUAUCUAUACACCUUCCUCUCUCCAGAUUGUUAGCCGGUCUGUUUUUGUAUCUUGAAAAACACAAUCUGCAUUUUCAAUCUCCAGAAUUUAUCAAUCAAAAAAAACCAACGCCAGAACAAAUAAUAGAACCUGUAUUAGCAGCUCAAGUAAUGAUUUCACAAGUACAUGCUGGUAUGUGGAGAAGAAAUGGAUAUUCUUUGCUGAGUCAGUUGUAUUUUUAUCAUAAUGUUAAGUGCCGUUCAGAAAUGUUAGACAGAGAUAUUAUAUUACUUCAAGUUGGAGCAUCAUUAAUAGAAAGCAAUGAAUUUUUAAUUCACGUUUUGAAUAAAUUCAACCUUCUGCACUGGGCGACUCCAGAUUUUGAAACCAAUGUUUUCAAAAAUCCUCAAGAAGAGAGUAGUAAACAAACCAUUAACUUGGUCGAAGAAUUUCUUGGAUUACUGAUAACAAUAAUCGGGGAAAGAUAUGUACCUGGAGUUGGACAAGUAAAUGAGGAUGACUAUUUGAAGAAAGAAAUAAUCCAACAAUUGUGUAUUAAACCACUUUCUCAUUCAGAGCUUAAUAAAACAUUACCAGAUGAUGGAAAUUUGAGAAACGGUAUGGAAAGGGUAAUUGAUGAUGUUGCAGAUUUCAAAAAACCUUCACCAGCAUUAGGAGGAAAAGGAGUGUAUCAAUUGAAACCUCAUUUGUAUUCAGAAUAUAAUGUCUUCUUUUACCAUUAUACAAAAGAAGAACUAAGCAAAUCUGAAGAAGUACAACGGAAACGAAGACAAGCUUUGGGAGAACUAGAAUGUUGUCCACCUCCUAAACUUCCUAUACUGACGGAAGUAUUUAGUUUGGUAACUAAUUUGCUACAGUGUGAUGUUAUGUUACAUAUUAUGCAAACUGUGUUAGAAAGAGCAGUUGAUACUUCAGCUCGCAGUUUCUCAGAGCCACAAGUGCAUAAGAUUUUACACUUAAUUGGAUAUGCUCUUCAAGAACAAGAAUCAGGCUACUAUCCUUUCCUUGCUUUUCCUGCAAGAGCUGCAAAAUGGAAAAUUUAUAAAUUGUUAGAAUUAUUAUCUAGCAGUCCACGUAUAGGAGCCCAUAAAGAUUUAUUAACUUGGGUUUUAACAAAGUAUAGGGAAGUUGCUGGUAAUACUGUAAUGGAAGUUAGUAACUCACCUGCUGCGAUUCAUACAGAACCUACAAAUGAUACCGAAAACAGCAAAAGUGAUAAAGAAUGGAGAACAAAGAUGGCAGCGAAAAAACGUGCUAAAAUAAUGGCACAAAUGGCCGCUAUGCAGAAACAUUUUAUGAAAAAGAAUGCCGAGUUGUUUGAACAAGCUGCUUUAGAUGCAAACAAAUCCAAUGAUCGGGGUUCUACUAUGGAUUUGAGUGAAUGUUUUCAGAAAACACUUGUUGCUGUUGGUCCUAGACAAACGACAAGAAUGUCCGAGGAGAAAGCUUACACUUGUAUUUUAUGUCAGGAAAAUCAAACUGUAACAGCGACUGGUCCAGCAAUGGUAUUAGCUGCGUUUGUUCAACAAUCCACAGUACUAUGUCAAUAUAGAGCUGACACUACUGAACCUGACCCAUUGUAUCUUUCUGCAAAAUUGGGUGCGUCGCCACAUACAAGUACUUGUGGUCAUGUGAUGCAUGUAAAUUGUUGGCAAGAGUAUUUCGAUAACGUUCUUGCUAAAGAGAAUAGAAGACCAUUCCGUUUACGACAACCCGCAAGUUUUGAUGUGGAGAAACAUGAAUAUCUCUGUCCACUUUGUGAGUGUCUUAGUAAUACUGUUUUACCUCUCCUACCAGCCUUAGGAACAUUGCAACCAACUCUUAAAAAUCAACCUGAACUCGAUUUUAGUACAUGGUUGGAGGCUUUGAGAGUCACAGAAUCUAAAUUAGAAGGAUUAUAUAAUCAUGAUCACAGAUGCAGGUAUUGCGUAAAUGCUAAAUCUGAAGAUAUGGAAGAAGAGAAUCCUUUAAACCAUGGAUCACAUGGCCCAAUAAAAGUUAUUCAUCAUGAACUUGGAAAUUUGGCAGGAGAAGUUUUUAGGGCAAUAUAUGAUGAACCUGGUCCAAUCAUUUCUGAAAAUUUAAUAUCUAUGAUACAUGUUUUCGCACAGGCGACAUAUACAAACGGAUGUGGCGCAGAACCUCAUGAUGGCGACUCUAGGGUACCAUUAUUAGCAUGGAAAUCAACAGCAUAUACUGUUCAUGCUAUAGAAUUUCUACUACGUGACAUGGAUAAACCUUUAUUAGGCGCUUUAUCAUCUAGACAAAGAGAUAGCUUAGAAAGUCUUGCUAGAAUUUCAGCUAUUUUGGAGGCUACAUGCGCGACUGAUGCUACUGCAGAUUUGACAUGGGCAGAUAGAGAUGUUAUUGGAAAUCAUGCACUCUCCCUUUUAAUAAUGUUAUUAAAAAAUCCACCCGAUGGAGCAAGUAUUUUAGAGUGGGAUCCAUUCGGAGUGCUUGUUCCACUAAUUAAUUCGCUCCCAAGUCUCUUUAGCACAAAAUUUUAUUCAAUACCAUCGAUCAUAACGGGUGGAAUAAGUGAAUUUUAUGCUUUGCAAUUUGUAUUUUUGUCUCUUAUAGUAAAAAUAUUAUUAACAUCAGAUUUCAAUGAAGGUAUGGACAUAGAAGGUCAAGAAACAACUGAAGAUACAUCUUCAGAAUCAAUUUUAACAUUGAUUCAAGCUCUAGACAUUAAUAUUGGUACUCAAACAGUUGCUGAAAUAUGGAGACGAGUCAAGGAAGCUUGCUUGCCUUUUCUUAGAUGUUGUGCUCUCUAUUUUCAUUAUGUAUCUGAUGUUCCAGCUCCAGAGGAACUAACUAAAAUAAAUGGAGCUACAUAUGAAAAUAUCUGCGGAUAUUUGGGACUACCUACAACAUGUGAUGAAUUAGUCAAACCAAAUUUAGAUAUAAUUAUGAGAUUGAUAAAUAUUUGGAAAAGUCAUCCCACUGUUCAACUGCAUUUGUCUGGUGCUAGUACAGUCACAGUAAUAAGGGAACCUUUGAAAGUUAAUAAAUUGGUCGAGCUUCCAGAAGAUUAUAGUGAAUUGAUAAAUAUGAUAUCAUCUUUCACAUGUCCCAAUAGUGAACGAGAGGAUUCUAAAAAUCCGACAAUGUGUCUGGUUUGUGGAGAAAUGUUAUGUUCUCAAAGUUAUUGUUGCCAAACUGAAAUAAAUAAGAUGCCAGUUGGUGCGUGUACAUAUCACGCGAGCAAGUGUGGCACCGGAGUAGGAAUGUUCUUACGAGUACGGGAAUGUGAAAUUCUUUUCUUAAGAAGCCCAAAUCGAGGAUCGUUUGUUUGUCCCCCUUAUCUUGACGAAUAUGGAGAAACGGAUCAAGGUUUACGAAGAGGAAAUCCACUACAAUUGUGGCAUGAUAAAUACAGACAACUGAAUCAAAUGUGGCUGGGGCAUGGACUACAUGAAUCUAUAUCAAGAGCUAUUGAAUCUUCAAGUACUCUUAUGUCAACACGAUGGCAGCAUCUAUAACCAUCUUAGGAUUUCUUAUGCAAAACUAGCCUGGACAUUUAGUUAAAAGUACUAAAUCUAUAAUUAGCAUGAGCGAUCAUAGCAGCUAAUAUUAUGACUGUUAAUUAAUUGUUUGAUCAUUGCAAGAAACUGAUGAAAUUAUUUAUUUUGAGAAUACAGUGCGGAUGGCUUUGUAUAUUUAAAACGAUUGGAUGUUAUUCCCGUUGCGAUGUCGUUUUAGAUUAUUUCAGAGUUUACGGAAUUUUCUAUUAUCAUUGUGUAAAUUAAAUAUAAAUUUCUUUAUAAUUAUUGACAAAAUGUUGUAUGAACUUUGUUGCUUGUAGAAAUUUAGUUUUUAAUGUCAUUCAACUGAUUGUCACAUUGUUUAAGAAAUUUUAAAAUCACACAAAUAAUUCAAGUUAUAUAAACAAAAAUCUUUUCUGGUCUCGAAUAUUUCAAAAUACUCCCGUUAAUAAAUAUGACAUUUUUUGCCAUUUCAUAUAAAUAUUAUAGACUACAUUAAACUGUUACAAUUUUAGAAGAUUUAAAUUUGUAAGUUUCAAAUUUAGAUACAUUUACAAUAGCUAAACAUUUGUUUUGGUUUUAGAACUCCGUAAAUAGUAAUAUCUUAUAGUAUGUGAAUGAAAGAUGAAAAACAUAAAUAUUUAAACAAUUCAUUUUUAAAAGUUAAAAUAAAUAAUGUGACAUAAUGUUUGUUUAAUCAUUGCUAGUCUUUUAGUUCAAUGUACUCAAUACAAGAUAGAUAUAUUGAGGGAUACGUUUUUUUUCUUAAUAUAAACAUUUUUAUAUCAAUUAGAUUAGUUUUCUGCUUCUAAUACAGCAUUGUAUUAACUUGUAUGCUGUACAGUUAUUUAACGUAGGAUUAUUUACGUAUAGAUUUACAGCAUUAGAGAGAUAAAAUGUAAAUAAUAAUAUAUCUUGAUUAAUUUAAGAAGUUUAAAAUCCUUACCUAACAGUACAGACACAAAUAUUUUCAA